CACGAAGCAAUUGCACAUGUACACACGCGACGCGAGAGUUCCGUUCCAAAUUUCCAAUCACGUCAAAACUCCUUCUUCUUCUUUCGAAAUCCCCUACUCAACCCGUUCCGCAGUGGAUCCAACUUUUUACUUUGUGAAUUGGCUUCCUCAUGGUCAUCGCUAUCAAUUUUUCGUUGCUUGUUGUAGCUGCUGGCGCGCCACCCAUUUCGUGUCACUCAGGUUUCUCACGUCAUCGGAUCUGAUUAUUUAAUUUCGAUGCCGUUAAAGAAUUGGUGCAUUUUGAAUUGAGUAUCGGGUUUCAGUUUUCGUGGAUUACUGGAUUGUAUGUUUCUGUUUUAGUUACAUUGGAUUUAAAAUUGCCUUGGGAACUAUGUUUAAUGUGAUGAUAUUGCUCCAUUUGUGAGGAUCUUAUAAAUGGAGAUUUCAACUGGGACUUGUGAGAGAAUUAGAUUGGAUGAUUUAAAUAAGGAUGGAUCUGAGGAGAUCCAUUUGCGAGCAUUAGAGCUAGAAUCAGCUGAAUUUGGUGAUGGGCAUAGUUAUGAGUUUCGUUCAAAGUCAGCAUUAGAGAUUUUGAGGGAAACUGUUAGGAUUCUUCGGUAUAAUGCCUCGGGAUUCAUGCUGACCGCAGUGGUGCUCAUUUGCCCUGUGUCAGCAAUCUUUUUGUCAAAUUUGUUGGUGGAUCAGUCCAGUGUGAAGAAGGUGACUGCUAGGCUUAUGCUGGUUGCAAAGUCUAGUGGACUCCCUAUGAAGCCUUUUAUCAAACAGUCUUGUCACCAAUUCUCUGAGAUGGUAGUCUCAUCAGCAAUGUGCUUCCCUUUCUUCAUCACAUUUUCAUUGCUAUCAAAAGCUGCGGUUGUUUACUCUGUGGAUUCCACUUAUUCAAAGAAACAAGUUGUUUUUUCAAAGCUCUAUGUGAUGCUUCGCAAAAUUUGGAAGAGACUUGUUUUAACGUAUGUGUGGGUCUGCAUGGUGAUUGUUGGUUGCAUCACAACAUCUUCCAUUAUUCUUGUGGCAGUAUGUAGUACAGUUUCAGUAAUUGGGUUUUCACCCGAUUUAAUUGUAUUCGUGGCAGUCAUGCUGGGACUUGUAUUCUCAGUUGUCCUUGCCAAUGCAAUUAUUAUUUGCAAUACUGCUAUUGUAAUAUCUGUAUUGGAGGAUAUUUCUGGACCACAAGCAUUGCUCCGGGCUGGAAUUUUAAUUAAAGGUCAGACUCAGGUAGGCCUUUUGAUAUUUCUGGGAUCAACAAUUGGAAUGACAUUUGUGGAGGGGUUGUUUGAACAUAGAGUGAAGACAUUGAGCUAUGGAGAUGGGUCUUCCAGGAUUUGGGAAGGGCCUCUUUUGGUGAUGAUGUACUCAUUUGUGGUGCUUAUCGAUUUAAUGAUGAGUGCAGUUUACUCCUUCAGUUGCAUAUCUUAUAGCAUGGAAGCCUCAGAUGGUGAAUGUGAGUCAAUUCUAGAAACCAUGGCUGUCUCUCCUGAAGCAAUAGCCAUUGAAUGACAAUGCCUUGUAGAUUGGUCUAUUCUCUUGUGUAGUGUGUUUGAGUUGAUAACUUGCAGAUGGGUGCUUCCAUGUAAAGCUUCAGACAUUGUUGCCAACAGUAUGCCUUUUCUAGUGCAAGGAAAAGUUUACCGCUUCUUUGGUAAAUGUUCCAUCGAAAGUUGUGGCUGGUGGAAACAACAUGUUGUUGGUUCAGUGCAAAAUAUCAUUACAAUGGCUGGAGAAUGAAUGAAAGGUAUGGGAAGCUUUAUUAUGCAACAUGGACAAAGUAGCAGCCGUCUUUGAAGGACUCUUAAAAGCAAUGGCCCGUCGUCCCCUCCCAACCUCUUCCUUGUGAUAUAUUACUAACUCAUGCACGGUGGAACCACUUUGUUAAUUCAUAUGAUGGGCAGUUUUGUUAUUCUCUUGGAUUUCAGGUGGUCUGAAGGGUGACCAGAACCCUCAAUACUGGCUUAGGGAACUGACUACACACUUUUCCCAUCAUCUGGCUGUAUCUUGUUUUUUGAUUCAUUCCUAGAUAGUUGUCAUCUCUGUUAUCAACAUCACCCAAUUUAUGAUAAAAUUUGAUAGGCCGUAUUUCAUCA